CCGGGGGGGCCCGCCCGGUUUGUUUGCGAACUGCGCCCGUUUCGCCGCGGCCGAGCCCGCCCGGACCGCGCUCGCCGCUCGUCACGUGGCUGCCCUCGGGAGCGGCAGUGGGAGGCAGUGGAGCUGGCCUCGGCAGCGGGAGAGGCUGGACUUCCCGUGUCUCUGUGCUGAAUGGCUGCGAUGGCGCCCGCUCUCACUGACGCAGCAGCCGAAGCUCACCACAUCCGAUUCAAGCUGGCUCCCCCGUCCUCCACCUUGUCGCCUGGCAGUGCCGAGAGCAACGGCAACGCCAACAACAUCCUCCUGGCUGCCAACGGCACCAAAAGGAAAGCCAUUGCUCCGGAGGAUCCCAGUCUAGAUUUCCGAAGCAACGCCACGAAGGAAGAGCUGGGCAAGCUGCAGCCGCUAGUGGCCUCUUAUCUCUGCUCAGAUGUAACAUCUGUCUCUUCAAAAGAGCCUCUGAAGCUGCAAGGAGUCUUCAACAAGCAGACAGUCCUUAAAUCUCACUCUCUCUUGUCUCAGUCCUUUUUGAAAACAAGUGAUCUGUUGGGGAGGCAACCAGUGUUGGAAUUCACUUUGGAGAAUCUAAAAACAAUGAGUACUAAUAGCCAGCCACCUCUCCCACAAGCGCCUGUGAAUGGCUUGGCCAAGAAAUUGGCCAAAAGUACCAAUUCAGACCAUGAAAACUCUAGUUCUCUGAAUGGUGGGAAGUGUGCUUCUCCUUCUGCUGCCCUCCAGACUGUUGACUAUAAUACAGGAGGUUCUGAAUUGGGGGACUUGAAGACCGGGUUGACCAAUUGCACUCUUCCACAUAGAAGCCUUGAUGCAGAGCACGCAGCUCCCUUUAGCAAUAAUAGCACUGCAAAUAAAUCCUCCCUUCCCUCCGCAGAGCAGCAGUGGGUGCUCGAGGGCGGCGCUGGGGACACGCGGGUGCCCGGGGUCGCGAGCCGCUCCGACCUGGGCAGCGGUAAGCUGGAGGAGCAGAAACCUUCUGUGCUGGCUGGUCACCACAGCGCUCUGGACUCCGAGAUGAGGACGAGGGCCCUGCUGCGGCGUCAGGCAGACAUCGAGAGCCGAGCCCGGCGGCUGCAGAAGCGCUUGCAGGUGGUGCAGGCGAAGCAGGUGGAGAGACACAUCCAGCAGCAGCUGGGCGGCUUCUUGGAGAAAACGCUGAGCAAGCUUCCAGCCUUGGACCCCCUGAGGCAUCGGAGCCAGCUGAUGUUGACCAGAAAAGCAGAAGCAGCCUUGAGGAAAGCUGCGAGCGAGACAGCUACUUCAGAAGGCCUGAGCAACUUCCUGAAGAGUGAUUCAAUAUCAGAGGAACUGGAGAGAUUCACGGCCAGUGGCAUGGCCAAUUUGAGAUGCAGCGAGCAGGCCUUUGACUCGGAUGUCACUGACAGCAGCUCGGGGGGAGAGUCGGACGUUGAAGAAGAGGAACUGACCAAAGCAGACCCAGAACAACCCCAUGUACCACUGAGGCGGAGGGCAGAGUGGAGGUGGGCAGCAGACCGCGCCGCCAUCGUCAGCCGCUGGAACUGGCUCCAAGCCCACGUGUCGGACCUGGAGUACCGCAUCCGGCAGCAGACGGACAUCUACAAGCAGAUCAGAGCCAACAAGGGGCUGAUAGUUCUUGGUGAAGCGUCGCCCCCUGACCCUGCAGUAGAUGAUUCGUCCCGUCCCGUUAGAGCUGAAGUUAAGCUGGAGCCUGGGGCCGACCGGCUGAGUGUGUCUGGAUCCCAGCCCCUAGAAAGCUUGGGUAUUUCUGCUGCAAAUACUCCUGAAUCCCAUCCCACCAAGCCCUGUGGAGCACCAAGACCCGUCAAUGGAGUUAUUAACACUCUGCAGCCUGGCCUGGCAGAACACGCUCAGGGAGAUGGCCAGGAGGCCGAGGAGCUCCUCCACAAGAAGCAGCGGCUGUCCCUGGUCCCCGCGGACGCGACGUGCGUGGCCGCUCGCACCCGCCCCGUCCUCAGCUGCAAGAAGCGGCGGCUCGUCCGACCCAGCACCAUCAUGCCCCUUUCCAAAAAGGCGCACCGCGGCAGCCUGGCGCGCUGCAGCUGCGACGUGAACCCCGCGUGCGCCCUGUGCGGCGCCCGCAGCUCCGCGCUGGACAUCCAGUACGACGCCCCGCUGCUGGAGCGCCUCUCCCAGCUGGACUCCUGCAUCCAUCCCGUGCUGUCAUUCCCAGACGAUGUGCCGACGAGCCUGCACUUCCAGAGCAUGUUGAAAUCCCAGUGGCAGAACAAGCCCUACGAGAAAACUAAAGCUCCCAAGAAGCUGUCGCUGAAGCACAGAGCCCCCGUGCCCCCCAGCCUGGCUGACCCCGUGCGCAAGGACCGCCACAAGCUGGUCAACUCCUUCUUCACCACGGCCAAGCGCUCCCAUCAAAAAGCCCAAGCAGACAAGGCACACAGGCCGCCUUUAGACGAUUUUUCGGCCGUGUCCAAGGCCGAGAGAGCGCCAGAGCGCUCUGCCCAGCCUCCUGCCUUUGACAAAAAGCGAUUGCGAGACUGCUCAUCUGAGAGGAGUGAAGUGCUGAAGCAUCACACGGACGUCGGCGGCCCGAGCUACCUGUCAGCAGCUGUGACCCCCACCCCUCACAGCCCCAUAGCUCGGCAGCUCUCCACCUCCUCCGAGGGCUCCGCUCCCGCCAGCUCCGCUUCCCAGGGCGCCUCGGGCACCGCCCAGCCGAGGAGGAGGAGGGGUGAGAGCUCCUUUGACAUAAACAACAUCGUCAUCCCCAUGUCCGUGGCUGCCACCACCCGCGUGGAGAAGCUGCAGUACAAGGAGAUCCUCACCCCCAGCUGGCGUGAAGUUGAUGUCAGUGCUCUGAAAGCCAGCCCUGAGGAGGACAACGAGGAGGUUGAGGACCUGUCAGACUCGGCCUUCGCUGCUCGGCACGGGAAGUGUGAGGAGAUGGAGCGGGCGCGGUGGCUCUGGAGCACGAGUGUCCCCCCGCAGCGCCGGGGCAGCAGGUCCUACAGAUCAACAGACGGACGGACGACCCCCCAGCUGGGGAACCCCUCGACUCCCCAGCCAGCAUCGCCUGAGGUGGGCAGCUACCACUCCCACUUGGAGCUGUCCCACAGCCACUCACCACGCAGCCCCAUCAGCCCCGAACUGCUCUGUGCCCCCCUGACCCCCCUGUCCCGGGACUCCCUGCGCCUCCUGUCCAGCGAGGACACGCGCUGCUCCACGCCCGAGGCCGGCCUGGAUCCGCAGGCCGUGCCGCCCUGGGAGCGCCGCACCUUCCCGCUCUCCUACGACCCCCGGACGGAGUGCGAGGACCAGCCCGACCCCCAGGACCGGCUCUCGCGCUGCACCCGCCGCACGUCGGGCAGCAAAUCCUCCCGCGAGUGCGAUGGCACUUCGUCUUCGCCCAGCCUGCCCAGCCUCAAGAGCCGAGCCCCGCUGGCCCCCCCCUCCUCCUCCUCUUCCUCCUCCUCUUCCUCCUCCUCCUCCUCCUCCUGCUCCGCAGUCCUGCGGCCAGCGCACAGAUAGAGACACACGGGGAGACAUGAGCAAACCAACACACAGAACUAACUCUUGGCAUUAAAGCUUCCAAAAUCUG